AUGGUUCUGCUAGAGUCUCUUGACCUUUCGCAUAACCGACUGUCUAGAAUUAUUCCUAUAGAGUUGGUGAAGCUCACAUUCCUAAGUGAGUUAAAUCUAUCGUACAAUUAUCUCACAGGAGAGAUACCACAGGGCGGGCAGUUCUUUACAUUUGAAGCUUCAUCCUUCUCAAAUAAUUCAGAUGUAUGCGGCCUCCCACUGAACGAGCCUUGUUGCGACUUUGAUGAGCUUACUAAGCCCUGUCUACCAAGCCCUCCUACAACACCGAAGGUCAAUAAAACUGACGAAGAAGAGAACGUUGAUACAAGUGAUAUAGAAGAAAAUAUGUGGUGGCGAGUGGCAGUGGGACUGAGCUUUGCAUUUGCAUUUAAUCUUGUUAUUGGAGUGUUGUGUCUUCCCACAACAUUGGGCAGCAGAACGCUUGGAUCUGAGCUGCAAGUGGCAAGCGAUGAAUGGGGCAAAGCUAUUUCCACCAUGCACGGUCUCAGGCGUCUUCAAAUGUCCAACUGUAUGCUCUCUGGCCUUAUUCCUCCUUCCCUUGCGAAUCUUACCAGUCUACAUCAUCUCCAACUUGAUGGCAAUUCCUUCUUCUCGUCCAUACCUGCUCGCUUACACAACCUUUCCAACCUGGUUUCUCUAAAGCUUAGCAGCUGCGAGCUCAAUGGUUCCAUCCCUUCUGAUCUGUUGACCCUUCCGAACCUGCAAGAAGUUGACUUGUCUGCCAAUCUGGACUUGAGAGGGAAACUUUCAAGCAUUCUACCGCCACACUCUGCGAGGCUAAACAACAUUGUUCUUACUACAACGAGAGUAGGAGGAGCUAUUCCAGAUUCAUUUGCGAACAUCUCCUCGUUAACUCUCUUGGAUCUCUCGGAUUUCUUUGUCCAAGGUCAGCUUCCUCCCACCAUUGCUAAUCUUACAGGACUUGUAAUGUUGGAUAUCUCAAAUAACAUGUUAAGAGGAAGUAUACCAUUCUUUGGCGCUAAGCACCCAUUAGGAACAUUUCCUUUAGCCUAUAUCGAUCUUUCAUACAAUCAGUUGGAGGGCAACAUACUCUCCAUGUUGUUUGGUGCAUUUGGGAAGCUCCGUUAUGUUCACUUGAGGCAGAACCUAUUAACCGGUGCCAUUCCAUCGCCUGACAUGAAUCUUACCUCCCUCACAUGGCUUGACCUGAGCUACAAUAAACUGAAUGGCACAAUUUCUUCCUUGGCCAACAGUAAAUCCCUUGUUCUGCUUGAUCUGAGUAACAACCUCUUGAGUGGCAAAAUCCCGGCUUCCGUUAAUCAACUACUUUUUCUUGAGACGCUUGAUCUAAGAAACAACCUGUUAACAGAUGCCAUACCUAACAACAUCUCAAAUCUAUCUUAA